CACGCAGCUGUUGUUGAUAACACCCUGCGGGGGGCCCCCAGCCUGAGUGGCGAGUUUAAGUCUCAGUGCAGCAGUUUUCUUUCCCUUUUCUCCCUUUGUUUUUCUGUCUGUUUUGAACUUCAAUUUUUCAGCUGAUAAAUGGAUGAGUUUGAUCCUAAAGUUGUCGAGGAAGAUGCAAGAGCUAUAGCAGCUUCUUUGUCUCUGACUUCUACCUCUUUUAAGCAAGAAAAGGAGCCUGAUCUGGACAACAAAGGAGACUGCUUGUUGACAAAGGAAGAGGGCAAAGUCUGGUCUGGCAAACACACUAUGGAGGAGAAGAGAUUGCUGGCUUUGCAACAAGACAGUGGGAUUCCAUAUAACACAAAAAAAGCAACAGCCUGGGGUGUCAGAGUUUGGGACGAGUGGGCUAAAACUCGAAAUAGCUAUAUCAUGGAGCAAGGUGUCCAGCGUAAUGAACUCUUCCUUUAUGUGCCCGAACUCUGCUAUGAAAUCACCCACGAUGAACUGAAUUUCUGGCUAUGCAGAUUUGUACUUGAAGUUCGGAGACAAGACGGCUCGGAGUACCCACCUAAUUCUCUCCGUCUCCUUUGCUGUUCAAUCUUGCGGCACCUGCGGGAGAACUGCAGGCGCAGUGACAUUGAUUUCUUCAAUAAGCUAAAGCUGGACUUUGCCGAAUUCCGGGCCACCCUUGACGAUCGGAUGAAGCAACUCCAGCGGCUGGGAAUUGGGCUGGUGAGGAAGCAGGCCCAGCCGUACACUGAGGAUGAUGAGGAGAAGUUAUGGCAGGUGGUCUUCCAUCUACGAGAUGCAAAGAGCUACAGUUAUGCUGUCUACUUCUAUGUGUGCAAAGUCUUUUCCCUAUGUGCCGCCAAGGACCACCAUAAACUAACAGUCGACCAGUUUAAAUUUGGAUGUGACAUGAUCAGCGAGUACGUGGAGUUUACUGGCAGGCCAAGCAAUCCUCAGGACAGCCUUGACAAGUUGAAAAUUGUCCAGACAAGACAGUACGCAGAUUCCUUGAAUCCAAGGUGCAUAGUUUCACUGCUGCGACGCUACCUCAAUAUGAUUCCCCCACAAGGUCCAUUUUACCGCCGCCCUGUGCCUGGUACCAUGCAGUUCUCUGAGCAGGCAAUUGGAGUUCAUACAUUGGAACGAUUUUCCAAAGAAAUAUGUGAAGCUGCAGGAAUUUCAGGGCACCAUACUGGACAUUCUGGAAGGGUCAGCAGUGCAACAACCCUAUACAACCGUGGCUUUGAUGAGCAGUCAAUUAAAGAACGCACAGGGCCAACAGGCAGUUUGGCAAAAGGCUACAGGAGAGCCUCUCUUGCUCAGAUGAAGGCCAUGUCAGACUGCCUGCAGCCUCCUAAUCCAUUGAAGAUGUCAGCUUGUUCACCUUCAUCAUCAUCUUCAUCUGAUGACCAUAGUUCUUCACCAGAUGAAGGCCCAAGCAAUAUCAUCAUCAUAUCUGAAGACGGGACUGAUCACCCACAAGAAGCUACAACUAUAUUCAGCAGACCUGAGGUGAUGAUCACAGAACAGGGUGGUGUACUGAAGAUUGAAAUGCCAUCUAGGACCUCACCACUGAUGCCCUUGACUUCACACCAGACCAUUACAAAGUUAAAAAUAGUGAAAGGAGACAUUGUACUAGAAUUAAAUUUGUAAGUGUGCCAAGCAGCGUAAAUUCCAAGUUCAGUAUUGCACAAUUUAGAUUACACACAUUCAAGUUAGUAUCAGAUGGUUGUAACAAAGGGUAAUUGAUCUGAAACGUUCUCUCUUUACAGGUACUACCAGACCUGCUGAAACUUUCCACUAAUUUUUAAUAACCUUUUAUUUCAGGUUUCCAUUUUCUGCAAUACUUGCUUUUAAUAUUAGCAAAAGGUACUAGAACAUAGAACAUGGAAAAUUACAGCACAGAACAGGCCCUUCAGCCCACCGAGGAUUAUUCCUAAUCUAAAAUAAAAUAACCAACCUAUGCACCCCUCAAUUCACUGCUAUUCAUGUGCAUGUCCAGCAGUCACUUGAAUUUCCCUAAAGACUCUGUUUCCACCACCACCACUGGCAAUGCUGUCCAUGCAUUCACACCUCUGCGUAAAGAACCUACCUCUGAAGUCUCCUCCAUACCUUCCUCCUAAUAUCUUAAAACUAUGACCCCUCGUGCCAGUCAGUCCUGUCCUGGGGAAAAGUCUCUGGCCAUUGAAUCUAUCCAUGCCUCUCAUUACCUUGUAUACAUCGAUCAGGUCACUUCUCUUCCUCUUUCCAGCGAGAAAAGUCUGAGCUUAGUCAACCUUUCUUUGUAAGACAAGCCCUCCAAUCCAGACAGCAUCCUCGUAAAAUUCUUUGCACCCUCUCCUAAGCUUCUGUAUCUUUCCUAUUGUUUUACAUCUUUCUUUCCUUCAAAAAUGAACUCAUCUUUGCAAGGCAGGAGUCCAGUAGUCAAGUGACUAAUCUUCCCGAGACUCAACUGUAAGUGUCAAAUUGUUCAAUUUGGGAAAACAAUACUGUCCUCACAAACAUUCAAGUACAAUUUCUAGCUGAUACGUUUGGAUAGUGAUAAGAGCAGGAACCCAAGCUAUUUCUAGGCUAAAGGUGGGAAAGCCGAAAUGUCUUGAUUGUUAUCAUAGUUGAGGUCAGUUAGUUCAGUACAGAAUUGGAAUCAAAAAUACAGAGUUUGAGAAUUUUACAGCUCAAUAAUAGACUAGUUUUGCGUUACUGUAUACCAGGGAACUGUGAGGUGCUUUAAAACUCCACUGCCGAUCGGCAUACCUACCGCGCGCACUGACUCAUUAACCAAAUGUAAUCCCUACAUUUGGCCCAAUAAAUUCGCAUCGACCUUCCAAAGAGCAUCCUACCCAGAAGCACCCCCCUACCUCUUCCCUGUAUCCCUGCAAUUCCUAUGGCUAAUUCACCUAGCCUGUACAUCACAGGCAAUUUAGCAUGGCUAAUCCACUUAGAUUGCACAUCUUUGAACUGCAAGCAGAAACCCACACAGACAUGAGAGAUUGUGCAAACUCCACACAACAACACGCGGGGGGUGGAAUCAAAACUGGGUCCCUGGUGCUGUGAGGCAGCAGUACUCACACUGAGUCACCAUGCUGCCCAUAAUCAUUUUUUAGUAUGGAUUGCCUUGCUCAAGUGCUUACAUCAGUGUCUAAUUCUGAUUUGUUACCAGCAUCACAGAAAUUGAUAGCUUGGCCUGAACUACUUCAUAUCAC